AUGGAUGAACCUUUGAAGGUCUUAAAGACUAAGCUGCUAGAGGAGAAGAAGCAGAAGCAGCAGCUUCUAUUGACUGCUCCUGGUGGAUGUGGGAAGACCAUAUUGGUGAAAAUGCUUGGUCAUGACCAGGAAAUUAAAGCACCAUUUGUAGGAGGGGCCUCUCUGGAAGCAACGCUUGAAGAAGUAUUGCAGGGAACACUGAGCUUGAAGAUGGGUAGGUUGUCGUACUUAGUUCCUAGUCCCCCAGAUUUUACUGUUUGGCUGGAUGUGCCUUUGGAAGUGUUGAAAACUCAGCUGUUGAAGGAGAAGAAGCAGCAACUUCUACUGACUGCUCCUGGCGGAUGCGGGAAGACUGCAUUGAUGAAAAGGCUUGGUCAUGACCAAGAAAUUAAAGGUGCGUACAAUUUAAAAGGGAUACCCAAGUUUCUUAUAUUACAAAUAAUGAGAGGCUGUGGGGGGUUCCCACUAGCCCUCGAAGUGAAUGGCAAAUCACUCUGUGGGAAGCCUUUGGAGGCUUGGCGCAGUAGAGCUAGGAAAUGGUCAAAUGGUCAUUCUAUUUUCAAUACUAGUUCUGAUCUGCUUCAUUGUCUUCGGAAAAGCCUAGAAUUUUUGGAUGAUAAGGACAUUUUGAAAGAUUGUUUUAUGGAUCUAGGUUCAUUUGCUGAAAGCCAAAGGAUUGAUGUUCCUUCCCUAAUUGAUAUAUGGGAAGUAUUACAUGAUUUUGAUGAAGAUGGCAAUGAUGCCAUUGACUCUUUACAUGAACUCACCACCCGGAAUCUGGCUACUCUAGUGAUGACAAGGGAUGGUGACUUUAUUUUAUUGUCUGAUAUUCUUGUAGUGAAAGAAUCGAAAGAUGCAAGUGAGAACAACAGUUAUCCUACUAGCUAUAAUGAAGACUUUGUCACACAACAUGAUCUUCUUAGGGAGCUAGCUAUGUAUGAGAGCAGCCAGGAGCCAAUAGGACAAAGGAAACGAUUGAUUAUGGACAUAAAUAAAAACACUUUACCAAAGUGGUGUACGGAACAGGAUCAGCACCUCAUCAAUGCCUGCUUAUUAUCUAUCUCAACUGAUGAAUUAUUCUUGUCAUGUUGGUGCAACAUUCAAGCCCCCAAAGUUGAGGUUCUAAUUCUGAACUUUCAGACACAGAAUUACAGCUUACCUGAUUUCAUGUUUAAAAUGGAUAAACUCAAGGUUUUGAUGAUAAAUAAUUAUGGUUACUUUCCUGCCGAAUUAAGAAAUUUUCAACUACUCAAGUCUCUACCCAAUUUAAAGACAAUUAAAUUGGAGAAGGUUUCUAUCCCUUCCAUUUGCAAGGCCCCUGUAUUGUUGAAUAGUUUGAAGAAAAUAUCCUUAUUUAUGUGUAAAAUUGGUCAAGCUUUUCAGAAUUUUACUAUCCAAGUUCCAGAUGCAUUGCCAAAUCUAAUGGAGAUAAACAUCGACUAUUGCAAUGAUCUGGUUGAAUUGCCUGCAAUGUUGUGUGAUGUUAUCUUCCUUAAAAAACUCAGCAUCACCAAUUGUCAUCAACUGUCUGCACUUCCUAAUGGAAUUGGAAAGCUAGUGAAUUUAGAAGUGCUCAGGCUUGGGUCCUAUACCGAUUUAUCAGAGUUGCCAGAGUCAAUAAGAAGCUUCCAUAAGUUGUGCAUUCUUGACAUAUCCGAUUGCCUAGGCAUUAGACACUUGCCAAAAGACAUUGGUGAGUUAUGUAAUUUAAAAGAGCUCCACAUGAAAGGGUGCUUGAGCUUGCGUAAAGGGUUGCCACAAUCAACUACAAAUCUUGAGCAAUUGAAGCUUGUGAUAUGUGAUGAAGAGAGGGCCAAGUUCUGGGAGCCUAUCAAGGAAGUUCUUACCAAUCUAGAGGUCAAGGCGGCUGAAAAAGAUACCAACUUGACUUGGCUUCUCAAACCAUGAUUUCUGAGAAUUGUUUGUUUUUGGAAAAUUUUGUUGUCUUUGUCAACUUAUUAUCAUUAUCUUCCACUCUUUGUUUCUUUUUCCUUACAUUUCGGUCAUAUUGAACACAUGAAAAAAUAUAU